AUGGGUCUCCUAUCCACGCAGGAUAAAGAAAUCAUUAAGAGAGCUCUACCAAAGGGCUCGAACAAGAUCCUGGACGUUGCAAUUGCCAGACUAUACAUCGCAUACCCUGAUCAUAAUAAAUGGAAAUACACCGGUCUCUCAGGGGCCCUUGUAUUAGUUGAUGAUUUAGUCGGGAACACUUUUUUCUUAAAAUUGAUCGAUAUAUAUGGACAUAGAGGGAUCAUUUGGGAUCAAGAACUUUAUGUAGGGUUUGAAUAUUAUCAAGAUCGUACAUUCUUUCAUACUUUUGAAAUGGAAGAUUGUUUUGCUGGGUUUUUAUUUGUGGACAUUAAUGAAGCACAACAUUUCUUAAAGAGAGUUCAAAAACGUGAAAAGUAUGGUUCAAGAAAGACUUUGAUGAAUAAGAAUGCAAUUGCAAUGAAAAAGAAAGUAACAAAGGAGAAAGCUCAACAUGUAACACAAGGUCCAAGAGGUGAAACUAUAAUGGGCGAUCAAAGGAAAAGAUAUAAUUAUAAGAAUGCAGAACAUAUUCCGGAAACAAGGAAAAAAGCACCUCCACCUCCUCCACCAUCAGCUGAGGCAACGAAUUCUGCCGAUGAUGACGAUAAUGAUUACAACUCAUAUCAGAAUUAUUCCGAUGAUGACGAAUACGAUAUGCAAGGGAAUAACGACGAAGUAGCAUCAUCCAUUCCGCAGAGUGAAGAAGAUACUAGGGAAGCUUCACCACCAAGUACAGCAGAAGAAUUUAAUAAUACUGCGCCAAUACUAAAACACAGUGUUCCGCCUUUACCUGCAGAAUUUGCUCAUCCAACGGGACAAGCUCCACCAUUACCGGGUCAGACAACUACUCAGCCACAAUCAAAUAAUCCAUUCCCAAUACCUGUAGCGCAACCUACUCAACAACAAUCUACUACACCAUUCCCAAUCCCACCAAUGGCUCAACCAACCCAAUUUCCACCAUCAUCAUUUGGUAACGCGGCCGCAAUACAAAAUAGUAGACCACUUCCACAAGUACCAGGGAUGGCUCCAAAUUCUGUGCCUUUACCUCCGAGAAGUGUUCCACAACCACCUGCAUUUGGAGCCCAAGCUCAAAGACCAGCUCCAUUCGGAACCCAAUUACCACCUAGAGCUUCCAACGCACCAGCACCUCCCCCACCUAGAAGAGGACCUGCUCCUCCUCCACCUCCACACAGACAUGGAGGUGUACCUGCUCCCAUGGGUGGCAUGGCCGCAAUUAAUAAUAAUAGGCCACCAAUACAGCCACCUGCGCCAAGGAGGGGACCUGUUCCACCGCCACCUCCAAGGGGUGGAGCCAGAACCAAUACAAUUGCGCAAUCUCCACCACCUGGUACUCUACCACCUAGAACGGCUAUGCCAGUACCUGGUAUGUCUCCAGUUAAUAAUAUGAGCUAUGCAAUGCCUGGAAUGACUCAACCUCAAAGUGUGGCCACACCUCCUAUGACAACAUUUAAUACAGGCAUGGAGACCCCAACACCACCACCGACAUCCUUCGGUAUGCAAAUUCCACCACCGCCACAACCAAUGGCCCAAGCUAUUCCACAACCGCCACCUGCACCGGCUAUGCAUCAGGCUCAAGCCAUUCCUCCUGCACCUGUGAUGCCUCCUGCACCUCCUAUGCCUCAAGCGAUGGGCGCUGGCGCAACUCCGGCAGCUCCUGUUCCACCACCGCCUGCCUUCCUAACACAACCUCAAGCUGGUGUUCCUCCACCCCCACCUGCUUUCCUAACGCAACCUCAGGCUGGUGCUCCUCCACCAGCACCUGCACCACCUCCAAUGGGUGCUCCAGGUACGAGCAUGCCGGAGACUACAGGAGACAAUAAUAGAGAUGCCUUAUUGGCAUCUAUUAGGGGCGCCGGUGGUAUUGGUGCAUUAAAGAAAGUGGAUAAAUCUCAACUAGAUAGACCAUCUGUAUUAUUACAAGAGUCCAAGGGUGAACCAGUCACAACCACAUCGAGUUCCGCUCCUGGUGGACCUCCUGGUGGAGGACCAGGUGGUUCAUUAGCAGAUGCUCUUGCAGCUGCAUUAAGUAAAAGAAAGAAUAAAGUCGGAGCUGGUGAUGAAGAUGAAAAUGCUGACGAUUGGUAA